CAUUUCCUUUCGUAAACUUCGUUCUCUCUUUUCUUCAUAUUUUUUCUCCGAACAUAGUGUAAAUUGAAUAGUAUCAAACCCUAACACCCUUCUAUCAGUUUCAUUUUCAGCUGAUUAUUAAUCUAUCUGUGGAUUCGUUUGAUUAAUUUUCUCCACUUCCAUUCAUCAAAUGAUUAAUGAAGAGGGGACUCGCGAGAACAACCUCGCCCAAGUCGCCUCUUCCGAUCCUCUCGAUUUAUCCCAUUCGAGAUCGGACGGCGCCUCCACGGCUUCGUCGCCGCACUACUCAUCUUGUGGAGAAUCCCAACUCGAUCGUUAUUGCAGCGCCAACUCCGCCCUCGGAACGCCCAGUUCAAUAGCUACAUUCAAUGACUGUUUCGGAGAAUCUGAGUUCGGGUCAGCGAGGAGUUUUAGUGGUUUUGCAUUAGGUGAUGAUUUUGAGAAUUUCAGUUUGGACGGGAACCUAAAAGUUCCACCUAAUCGGAGAAUUGAGUUUCGGAAGGACAGAACCGAAGAAGGAAGGAGCUUUCUUAAUGUUAAAAGUGUUGAAGAAGGUAGCUCUUCAUGUUUGGACAUGGAUUUAAGGGAGGAAGAUGGGAAUUCAUCAAGAUAUGAGCAUUCUGAAGGGGAAGAUUCGAUGUCUAACUAUGGGACGAAUGAAGACGAGUUUAGCAAUAAUCCUUAUUACAGGAAGAAAGAAGAUGAUGAGAAUAAGAAUAUGAUCGAGAAUCCUUUGGGGAUUAAUUCGUCUGUGGCGUUUGGUGCUAAUGAUUGGGAUGAUUUUGAGCAAGAAGCGGGCAUGGGUGAUCUGGCAGCUUUCAUGCUAGAUGCCUCCGUCGCAAGGAAAAGUUUUCAAGGUUCGGAUGAAUUGCAAGAGGAGUUUAAUACUUUCGGUGCAAUGGCUAUUGGUUUUCCGAGUUCAGGUGAAUCCGAAUUUCUAGAAGUAAAAGACAUUCCUGUGGCUGAAGAUACAGUAGAAGAGGCAAAAUGUUAUUCGGUCAAUGCAGUCAGUUCUUCAAGGAUUUGUGACGGAGAGAAAUAUGUGAAAGAUAUUGCUGUUGCUAAAAAUCAACUCCAUGAUGCUGAUGAUGACAUGGGGUAUCUAGAAACUUGUUCUGUUACUGAUGUCUUUGCAAUGGACCCGGAUCCCCCUGUAGAAAAAGCUCCCGUCGAGGUAGGAUUGAAUGUUGUAGAUUCUGACAGGGUAAGGCAGCAUCAAUCUUCUGAAGCCAGGGAAUUCAUUGUUGUUGAUGAGAGUAAAUUAUCUGAAAGACUGGAAAUCGAUAAGUAUGAAGCAGAAUUGGAUGCCCUUGAUGAUUGUGUCCAUCCAGUCUACUAUCCUCAAAAAACAAAUGCAGAGCUUUACAACAAUUGCAAACCAGAUUCACCCGCAUCUACAAGUGAAAGUAAAGUGAGCACUACAUUCAAGAGUCUUCCUGUGCCACCAGAUGAAUUUGAAGAACAUCCUGGAGUGGUUGAGAUGAAGAAUGUUGAGCUUAAUGAAUUUUAUGACGAGGUAGUCCAUGACAUGGAAGAAAUUUUGCUUGAGUCUGUUGACUCUCCUGGAGCCAUGUUUUCUCAGGGUAAUAGGAUUAUCCAACCACGGUUACCGCUUCCUCUACAAGAUGGAGGGUCAAAUCCUUCUACGUCAGAUGCAGACGAUGCCUACCUGCGCUCUGCACGUAUACUGAGAAUAGAUGGUGUUGAAGUGGUGGGCGCAAAGCAGAAGAAAGGAAAUGUCUCACUUAGUGAAAGGUUGGUUGGGGUAAAGGAAUACACUGUGUAUAAGAUAAGAGUGUGGUGUGGCGAUGACCAGUGGGAGGUCGAACGCAGAUACCGUGAUUUCUGUACUCUCUAUCGUCGCUUGAAAUCAAUAUUCUCUGAACAAGGUUGGAAUCUUCCUCCUCCCUGGUCAUCCGUAGAAACAGAAUCUAGAAAGUUAUUUGGGAAUGCGUCUCCCAAUGUUAUUGCUGAAAGAAGUGUUCUUAUUCAAGAAUGCCUACGUUCCAUUAUAUGUUCUAGGUUCUCUUCUAACCCUCCCGGUGCAUUGAUUUGGUUUUUGUCACCUCAAGAUGCAUUUCCUGGCAUUCCUCCAUCAAAUACCCAUUUGUCUCAGAGUACAUAUUUUUCAAGAGGGCAAGGCACAGAAAAUAUUUCUCCUUUAGGGAAGACUAUAUCGCUUAUUGUUGAAAUUCGAGCACCAAAAUCAAUGAAACAGCUGUUAGAAACUCAACAUUACACUUGUGCUGGAUGCCACAAACAUUUUGAUGAAGGAAUGACUCUACUGCGAGAUUUUGUCCAAUCUUUUGGAUGGGGAAAGCCUAGACUUUGUGAAUACACUGGCCAGUUGUUUUGUUCUUCCUGUCACACAAAUGAGAUGGCAGUCUUACCAGCAAGAGUGUUGCAUCAUUGGGAUUUUACUCGAUAUCCAGUUUCUCAAUUGGCUAAAUCAUAUCUGGAUUCUAUACAUGACCAGCCCAUGCUUUGUGUCAGUGCUGUUAAUCCUUUCCUAUUUUCAAAGGUUCCAGCUCUGAACCAUGUUAUGGGCAUCAGGAAAAAAAUAGGAAAGAUGCUUCCGUAUGUUCACUGUCCAUUUCGUAUGUCAAUUAACAAAGGACUUGGGUCUCGAAGAUAUCUUCUUGAAAGCAAUGAUUUUUUUGCACUUAGAGAUCUCAUUGAUCUUUCCAAAGGAGCUUUUGCAGCUCUUCCUGUUAUGGUGGAAACUGUAUCAAAGAAAAUCCAGGAGCAUAUCAUAGAGCAAUGCCUCAUAUGUUGUGAUGUGGGAGUCCCCUGCAGCGCUCGCCACUCUUGUAUUGACCCAUCAUCUCUCAUAUUUCCUUUUCAGGAAGGUGAGAUUGAAAAGUGUAUAUCCUGUGGAUCAGUUUUCCAUAAGCAUUGCUUUAAAGCGAUUGCAAACUGUCCUUGUGGGGCAGUACUUAGAGCAGACGAGGCUAUGAGAUGUUCAAAUAGUCAAAUCUGUGGUUUGAGUUUUGGGGCAAAUGGAGCAUUGGACUUGUUAGGGAAGAGGUCAAGCUCAGAGUUGUUGCCUGGGGGUUUCUUAUCUAGACUAUUUUCAAAGACAAAGCAAGAAGAGAUGGAGCACAAGGACAAUGAAAAUACCAUUUUAAUGGGUUCAAUGCCAAGCAAUUAUUUGUGAUCGCAUAUGUUGUAUGCUAUGUACAUAAUUUGAUUUCAUGACUGGGACUUCAUUUGUUUGACCUUGGUUUCUAUCAUCUAGACAAUCAGAACUAAUUGAUAUCAAUAUAAGUUGUAUUAAAUGGAAGCCUCUAUUGUUGCAGCAGUUGCUGACUAGCCAGUCCCCUGUAAUGAAACAUACACAAAUAAAGCUGUCUCAAUGGCCAUAUAGAUUUACCAGCUGGCUGAAACUUGCCAGAGGUGAUAUUUUUAAAGUUGUAAAUUUUGUUUAGCAACUGUGAAGCGUGAAGGUAUCAAUUUGGUUAUAAUUGGAUCAAAGGGAGCAAAAAGUAAAUUUCAUUUUUUUCCCCUUAAUGGAAUUGAAGAAUGUGCAUAUAGGGAGCAGCGUAAAAAUUGAGAGGGACAACAGCUGUGCUCUGAAACAGACAUUAGUGCCUGAGUCCUUGAAGCAGACAGGAUUGUACCCAACAUAGCAUUGGCUGUUCCUCACGUGGUCUGUGCUCUGAAACUGAAAGCUGCCUCCUCUAUAAAUGUCUUUUAAAGAAAUUACAGUCCAAAUAAAAACUUUAUAGACUUAAACUCCGUUAAUAUGAGAUAGGAUAAUAAUCCUCUUUGCUC